GUUAUAGGUUUUCCCUGAAGGCCCUCCGGUCGUUAAUGUUUCUGUCACUGUAAAUGAACUCACUUAUCUUAUUCAUGACCGUACGAUUUAUGCUUUCGAAAUGGAUGAAAUUUCUACAGUACUUUUUAGAUUGGCUGAAGGUUGGCCAAAAAAACUUCAUCAUCGACUAUUAUUCCUUCCGCUUGCUGCUUUUCCACUUGCAAAUGGAACUGUCGUCUUAAUAUCGGGCGAUGUCUUUUCAACGUACGAUUUGAAAAGCAACACUCCAAUAGCGAUCGGCGACAAAGAAAAGGCUUUUCCUAAUUUGCCAGACGGCCUCGUCUCCGGCAUUCCAGUGAUUUCCGGCCGAUUCGAUGCUUACAACCUUUUCGAUAAGCAGACCGUCUACGAAUACAGUUUGAAAACAAUGAAAAUUCUCCUCGCACAACCAUUAAAGAAUUUUCUUCUUUGCAAAUAA